AUGAGCAUCCAUCUCUUCGAGCUGCCCACCACCGGCGCCGUCUCCUUCAUCGACUUUGUCAGCGACCCACAAGGCGCAUACACCGUCGAGCUCGCCGAGGCCACCCAGGCGCGUGCCAACUUGCGAGCCGCGCUGAAAGAAAGCAAGAGGACGGACGUAAAGGACUACCUCAGGCUGGUCAAGGUCAUCGAUGAUUACGUCCCGCACCUGUGUGGCGUCCUGAACUGCGUCGACGCAGGCGAGCUGCAGCUGCGCUCCGAGCCAAUUUUCAGCUGGCGCACGACGCUCUCCGCAAAGCUCUUCCACGCCUCCCCGCGCCUCUCCGUCCCCGGCCUGCGCGCCGACCUCCUCUUCACGCUCCUCACCUCCGCCUUCGCGCUCACCAACCUCGCGCACGCCGUCCUCGUCUCCCUGGGUGACUACGAGACCCAGAGAUCGAUUCUGGAGACGGAGAGGAAGGAGAAGGACGAGCGCCUGAACUUCGCGGUGUCCCUGCUUGGGCGCGCGGCGGGCCUGUUUGGGUGGGUGGGCGAGGUGGGUUUGGGCGAGUGGGAGAGGGAGGUGAGGGAGAAGAGCGGCCUGGGCAGGUUGGAGCGCCCGGUCGAGCUGAGCCGGGAGGUCUGCGCGGCGCUGGGAAAGAUGUCACUCGCGGACGCGCAGUCCCUCGCGAUCCGCAAGCUGCUCACAAAGGCCGCCUUUGAGAGCACGCUCAUCCCCGGGCCCCCUCUCCCCAAAUCGCACCCCUCCCCCGCGCUCAUCGCGAAACUGCACCUCGAAUGCGCCGCGCUCUACUCCUCCGCGCGCGCGCUCGCCAAGACGCCCUCCUCCUCCAAAUCCAAACUCAGCCUCUCCUCGAAGGGCAAGGACAAAGACCGCGCGGACGGCGCGGACGACUUCGGCUCGGGCGAGGUCUCGCCCGUGCUGCGGCACUACCUCGCGUCCGAGGCCGCGCUGCACGCCGCGCUCGCGCACAAGUGGCUCGGCGUCGACGCGGGCGAGCGCUCCGCGGCGGGCGAGGCCGUCGGCUUCCUCGCCUGGGCGAAGCACGAGCUCGCGGACGCAAAGGACGCGAACGCCUCGAAGCACCCGUCCGCGUCCGACCGCGAGAAGGCGCUGCGCGAGUGGCGGCGCGCGCGCGUGGUCCGCGAGGCGGAGAGCGUGGACGCGUUUUUGAGGGGGUACGGGAAGAUGAACGAUAGCGUCGCGUUCCAGGACGUGCCGCCGCGCGCGGAGCUGCAGGCGCGCGUGCCCGCGGGGCGGUUGGCCGUGGCGCGGAAGGAGUGGGCGCGGCCCGUGCCGGCGUUUGGGCCGGGGAGCGUGGAGGAUGCAAGGAGGCGGGCGGAGGCGCUGGAGGUAGGGCAGGGAGGGGAGGGCGUGGAGGGCGUGACGAGUCCCGGCUCGGCGGGGUCGUAUGCGGGGUCCGGGUCGUAUUUUUGACGGGGAGGUUGGGUGUGAGUUGUGAGUUGUACCUGUUAGAACGACCUGGAUUUAUAUUUCCGACAGCUUGUAUUAUGGGUAUUUAUUGACUGCGUUUUGUUAUCCACUAGGUUCGCUGUAUGUAGUUCAGCAUCGCUCCCCGGUUCGCUACUAAUAUUUUGACCGCGAUCGAAUGGUCGGUACUUGUAGUCUUGUACGAUAAGAUGUUGUGCCACAUGGGGAGACAAGAGUUUCGUUUCCG